UCUUCCCUUCUGCGACAAGGGAGGAAGCACGCCUGAAACGGUGGAACCUCUUUCUCUCUCUCUCUCAUUUGUUCAAUUGUUCCUUUUCUUUUCUUUUGUUUAUAUUUAUUCAUAUUGUAGAGUCGAUUCUCCUAGAAGCUGCAACAGGGUUUUGCAAACUCUUACUUAAUCCGGCUUCAACCAUCUACGCUUCCUAACUGGAUUUUGACAAUAUGCCUAAAGAGCUACAGAGUGCAGAGAUGAGAGGCAUUUGCAGUUGCAGAUACUUUCUUUUCUUUGUUUCAGUCUGUCUCGCUUUCUCCAUUCCAACUUCAUCUACAGAUCUUAUCGUCUUGAUGAAGAUCAAAACCGCCAUGAUUGGUCCGAAAGGUUCUGGCCUGGACGACUGGAUAGUUUCAUCUUCUCGGGCCUCGCACUGCCUGUUUUCUGGCGUCUCGUGUGACGAGAAUUCACGAGUAGUUUCUCUCAAUGUUUCAUUCGUUCCUCUAUUUGGAACAAUUGCUCCGGAGAUCGGCCUGUUAAACAAUCUCGUCAAUCUUACUCUUUCAUGCAACAACCUUACUGGAAAAUUUCCUGCGGAGAUCGCAAACCUCACCUCUCUCAAGCUUCUAAACCUCUCGAAUAACAUCAUGUACGGUCAUGUCCCAGAGAGCAUUUUUGGAGGUUUGCUUGAACUGGAGGUAUUCGACAUCUAUAACAACAACUUCUCGGGUCCGCUCCCCAUAGAGCUCGUCAAACUUAAGCGGCUUAAGCAUCUGCAUCUAGGCGGGAAUUACUUCUCCGGUGAGAUUCCCUCUGUCUACUGCGAGAUUCAGAGCUUGGAGUACUUAGGCUUGAACGGAAACGGACUGUCUGGCAAGGUCCCGGCGAGUCUAAGCAGGCUAUCGAAUCUACAAGAACUCUACAUUGGUUAUUUCAGCAUGUAUGAAGGAGGCAUUCCGCCCGAGUUUGGUUCGUUAAGUUCGUUACGUAUGCUUGAUAUGGGAAGCUGUAAUCUCACCGGUGAGAUUCCUGCAAGUUUGGGCCGUUUGAAGCUGUUGCAUACCUUGUUUCUACAACUUAACAGAUUAUCAGGUCUGAUUCCAGCGGAGCUCUCCGGCCUUGUCAGUCUGAAAUCGUUGGACCUCUCCAACAAUGAACUGACGGGAGAGAUUCCGAAAGGCUUCUCUGAGCUAAAGCAGCUAACUCUCCUUAACUUGUUCCGUAACCAUCUACACGGUCGAAUCCCAUCGUUCAUCGCCGACCUUCCUUACCUUGAAGUCUUGCAGCUUUGGGAGAACAACUUCACCUUCGAGCUCCCUGUAAAUCUCGGUAGUAAUGGUAAGCUAACGAAACUUGACGUUGCUACAAAUCAUCUCACCGGAAUGAUACCUCGGCAUCUGUGCGACGGUAAGAGAUUGGAGACAUUAAUAUUGAUGGAUAAUUACUUCUUUGGACCGGUUCCAGAAGAGCUCGGCGACUGUAAAUCGUUGACUCGCAUACGACUCAUGAAAAACUUUUUCAACGGAACGAUUCCACCCGGGUUCUUCAACCUACCUUUAGUGGACAUGCUAGAGUUCAGUGAUAACUACUUCACUGGCAAACUUCCGGAUGAAAUAUCUGGCGGCAUACUCGGAUUAUUGACUCUCUCCAACAACAGGAUUACGGGGAAUGUUCCAGCGGCUAUUGCAAACCUGACGAAUUUACAGACUCUCUCCCUUGAACUAAACCAAUUUUCCGGCGAAAUUCCACCGCAGAUAUUUGAUCUAAAGAAGCUUUCGAAAAUGAAUAUCAGCAAUAACAACAUUACAGGAAAGAUACCGACCACUAUUGCUCACUGCAAAUCUCUUACAUUGGUGGAUUUCAGUUCGAAUAAUCUCUUUGGAGAAAUCCCCAGAGCGAUUGCGAAGCUCGAGAUCCUUAGCACAUUGAACCUAUCAAGAAACCAACUUGAAGGCCAAAUUCCAAUUGAAAUACGUUCCAUGACGAGCCUGACAAUACUUGAUCUAUCAUAUAACAACUUGUCGGGUCCGGUUCCAGAGGGUGGGCAAUUCCUUGUCUUCAACGACAGUUCUUUCACCGGAAAUCCCAAUCUCUGUAGCCCGUUACACCAUUUAUCUUGCUUAUUACCCCAGAACCAAGAUGAACUUUCGGGCCAAAAGUCUUCAUCGUCAAAAGUCGCCAUCAUCGUUGUCUCAAUCAUUGGGGUCCUGUCAUUCUUCGCCGCAGCUCUGAAGUUCAACAGAUACCGGAUUAAAUGCCGGGAAUCGAAAGCUUGGAAGCUCACCCCAUUCCAGAAACUCGAUUUCAAAGUCGAAGACGUGGUCGAAUGCUUGAAAGAAGAGAAUAUCAUCGGCAAAGGUGGUGCUGGGAUUGUUUAUCGUGGGUCCAUGCCUAACGGCAUGAACGUGGCGAUAAAGCGACUGGUCGGAAGCAGCAGUGGUAGGAAUGACCACGGUUUCUCUGCGGAGAUUCAGACUCUUGGAAGGAUUCGACACCGAAACAUUGUGAAGUUGCUUGGAUUUGUGUCGAACAACGAUACAAAUUUGUUGAUAUACGAGUUCAUGCCCAAUGGGUGCUUGGGAGGGCUUUUGCAUGGAUCGAAGGGGUCGCAUUUACAGUGGGAGUCAAGGUAUCGAAUAGCAGUGGAGGCCGCAAAGGGGUUGUGCUACCUUCACCAUGGCUGCUCUCCUCUUAUAAUCCACAGGGACGUCAAGUCAAACAAUAUCUUACUUGAUUCCGACUUCGCGGCUCAUGUGGCAGACUUCGGGCUCGCGAAGUUCUUACACAGCGCCGGAGCGUCGGAAUGUAUGUCGUCCGUUGCUGGAUCGUACGGUUAUAUCGCCCCAGAGUACGCAUACACGCUCCGAGUGGACGAGAAGAGUGAUGUGUACAGCUUCGGCGUUGUGUUGCUAGAGCUGAUCACGGGACGAAAGCCUGUGGGCGAGUUUGGAGAUGGGGUUGACAUCGUGAGGUGGGUCCUGAAGACAAUAUCGGAAUUAUCGGAGAUCUCAAAGCCGUCGGAUGCUGCUGCUGUUUUGGCUGUGGUGGACCCCAGGUUAAGUGGGUAUUCAUUGGUCGGGAUGAUCAACCUUUUCAAUGUGGCUAUGCGAUGCGUUGCAGAGAUGAGCGCUGAGAGACCAACCAUGAUGGAAGUCGUUCACAUGCUCGCCGGCCCUCCCCAUCCCCAGUCUCCCCCGAAUCUGCUGGCCAUGUAGUAGAAAUUUUACUUACGUGGAGUAGUAUUUUCUAUUUACCUUUUUACCCCUUUUCCGGUUUGUUUUCCCUCGAUUGUGAUUGAGGAUAUGGUAGGUAUAAAACUUAUGGAAAAGGGCAUUGCUGGGGAUAAUGUUUUUCUGUUCAAAUCUUUAAAUGUCUUCGGUUGGUCUGUUUGUUUGGUUGCGUUUGUCGAAGGUUGUGAAUCUUGUGAUAGUUAAAAUACUAAUAAAUGUCACUGGCGCAACCUUUUUUUUU